UCUUCCGCUACAGCUUUGACAAGAAUUUGGUAUUUAUAGAUAUUCGAGAGUAUAGAACUAAGUGUGUCUCUGGCCAAACAUAAUAUAGCUAGCCUCGUGGUGACGCGUUCAUCGAAAUACAGAGAAAUACUAAACGGCAUCAAGCGGGUCUAACCCGUGGGCCGUCAGCUGAGUUUAAUCAUUUCUUCAUAAAGUGCACUUUCAACAACACAAAUGAAAAUGUCAGCGCUCUGGUGAUUCAUUCUCUCUGCUUACCAGACAGACCUUUCUCGUUCCGAUUGAGAGAUUCUUGUUUCACAGUAGCAGGAAAACUAUCCUUCCAGUAUUCGAGUUAAACGUUGAAAGGUUAGUGCAGGUUAUAGAACGUUUCAGCUGUUAUCGCCGGCAUCAUCAUCUGUCAGAUUUCUUGAGACUUUGAUAAGCUAUCAGAUGAUGGAGGAACCUUUAAGUCGGGGUGCCUCACCCUCUGGCGACAGUGGUCUUUCUGGCAGAGGAGAAAUGAAUACUAACAUCGUGUCUGCCCUAGAAGAACGUUUUUUGGACAUUCACAUGAGACAGUCGGUGAAUAUGGUUCGUACACCACCUACAAGAAAAGCCAAGAGAGUUCGUUUCUUCAGGAAUGGAGACAAAUUUUAUACUGGCGUGGUGAUGGCUGUUACUCCUGAGAGAUAUCGAAGUUUUGACAGUCUAGUAUCUGACUUAACAAGAGCCCUCAUAUCUAGUGUAACUCUACCAAAUGGCGUACGUGCAAUUUACACAAUGGAUGGUAGAAAAGUUCAGAAUAUUAGUGACCUAGAAGAUGGCAAAUGUUAUGUAUGUUCGGGUCAAGGUGAAACUUUCAAAAAGGUUGAAUAUUCUUCUUCCAAAGUGCGUAGGGGUAGCUCCUUAUCUGGUCUACCACAAUCCCCUGCUGGUACCGGUAGACAAACUAGUGCAAUACCACUCUGCGUAAAAGCGCGUAUAGUAACUUUAAUCCGUCAUGGCACAAAACCACGGAAAGUGGUACGCCUCUUACUGAAUAAAAGAAAUGCACCAAGUCUGGAGCAUGCAUUAGAAGCAAUAACUGAGGCCGUAAAACUAGACUGCGGCUCCGUGAGGAAGGUUUACACGCUGUCAGGCCAGCAAAUCACCGCCUUAGAGCAAUUCUUUGAGACCGAGGAGGUCUUCCUAGCUUAUGGCACAGACAAAUCUAACCAAGAGGACUUUGAGCUGGAUUUUGAAGAGUCAAAAAGCGUACAGAGCUUCCGCCGUGGACCCUGCAUCUCCAAAAGACAAAGUGGACCAAUGCCAAGGAUGCCUAGGAAGUCGGGCAAAAAAGCUCUUUCCGUUCCUCAAGUUAGAACUCCAAGUCCCGGCUCCCUGUUACUUCCACAACCCCUCAGACUCCACUAUGCUGUCGGCCACGUUAUAGGGGAUGGUAACUUUGCCGUUGUCAGGCAUUGUGUUCACAAAACAUCAGGUAUGGAAUACGCCAUGAAAAUCGUGGACAAAUACAAGUGCCAAGGGAAGGAAACAAUGCUGGCUAGUGAGGUGGCUAUCCUAAGACAAGUCUGUCAUCCUAACAUAAUAAGUCUGAUUACCGAACAAGAGACAACCGAUCAACUCUUCCUCGUGAUGGAAUUGGUCAAGGGUGGCGAUUUAUUUGACGCCAUAGCAGCAGCCACAAAAUUCUCGGAAGCGGAAGCCAGUGUAAUGGUAUCGCACUUAACAUCUGCCCUGGCUUAUUUGCACUCUCAUCACAUUGUUCAUCGUGACGUCAAACCUGAGAAUCUGCUAGUGGAAAUGGAAGGAAGUCACGUGAGAUGUUUGAAAUUGGGUGACUUUGGUCUUGCCCAGGUUGUCAGAGAACCUCUCUAUACGGUCUGUGGUACACCUACCUAUGUCGCUCCAGAGAUAUUAGCGGAAGUUGGAUAUGGGCUCAAGAUUGACGUAUGGGCAGCCGGUGUGAUACUCUAUAUUCUACUCUGCGGAUUCCCUCCCUUUGUAUCACCAGAGAACGAGCAGGAGGAACUCUUUGAAAGAAUUUUGGGCGGACAAUACGAGUUCACCAGCCCAUACUGGGACUGUAUAUCUGAUUCAGCCAAAGAGCUAAUCUCAAAUAUGCUCCAAGCCCAACCUGAACUACGAUUCAGCGCCGAAGACGUUCUGGAUCAUCCAUGGCUCGCGCAGAGCUUUCUAGGAGGCGAGCCAACCGCAGCAGCAGCAGCAGCAACUCCCGAAUCGUCGCAGCAAUACGGGAAUAAGCAGCGUCAGCCGAUAAGGAUGGCGACCUUCGACUUUGACUACAAGAAGCAGCGACGCGCCAUUGCACCACCCGAGGAAGGAGCCGCUACGGACAACGUCCAUAAGAACAGGUGGUCCGACGUCCUGUCACCGGGUAUCAACGAUACGCCUUUUGACUGGGACAAGGACGAAGUCGACGUCGUCAACGGAAACCGCUACGAGGACGACCAGGAACCAGUAUCCCUAAGUGCAGACUGUCUUCAGGAUAUCAGGGCACUCACCACAUCCGUGCGUGAUCUCAUGAAUAAUCCAGAUGAUCUACCACGUACCCCGAAGAAGAGGUCACGCAGUAACACUUCCUCACUGAGCAGUAUUCCUGAGAACGUAAAAUCCCAGUGGAAUAACGCCAAUGGAGAAAUGAGCAGUGGUGCUCAUGGAGGCUCGGCGACGAACAUUCGUAUUACCAGGGGUCAAAGUCCUACAUCCACCGGAAUACAUUCUUCCAAGAGGAACGGAAAUUCUCUUUCGGAUAUUCAUUCGAGAUCCAUGGCCACACCUAGUCCUCCACCAGGUCAUAAGAUGGCGCGACGAUACGUCUCACCAAAAUGCACAAAACCAGCAUUGAAUAAGAGCAGACAGAAAUAUCUGAGUCCAGGAUUAUCCUCCAAUAGCGGAUCAAAAAUGGUCAGAAGUACAGAGCGAAUACGCGCCGCUAAUAUUAGCAGAAAAUCCGUCUGCGACAUUAUGACGUCGUCUACUGAUGGUCUCACCGGAAGUUCCGACAAUGACAUUGAGACUUCCGACAGUUUUGUCAAUAUACAAUUUGCCAAAAUUGUACAGAGUGGUCAGAGAUCCAGUUCCACACAAAGUAUGGAGUCAACUGAUAGCUUUGAAAAUGUUCGGUUCACUUGGGACACUGAAAACAAAAACGUAAACGACACCAGGGACUUCAACGAGAACAGCCACAACACUGUUACCAACAGAACUUCCGUUACUAAUAGAACAGCUGACAAUCAGUCUACAAAAGUGGCAGAUGCUAAUCGCAAAACUACACCAAACAAUCAAUCUCGAUUGGCAGUCCCGUCCCAGAAAUUCAGGUCAACUAGAUCUAAUCAGAAUUCAGUGCAAUCUGAAACACGUCCAAGUUCAAGUAAGAAUACCGUGAAGGCUCAAGAGGUUACAAAAGGUUCACCAAUUGAAUCGGUGAAGCGUAGAGAGAAACGACAGGAGCCGUCUAACGACCCAAGCGAGACGAAGACCGAGGUCAAGAACAAGAGGUUCAGCUGUUUCACAUCAAGUGUACCAAGGAGGACACAGGAAUCCAAGAGCAGUACGUCAAAAUCGAAUCGCCUCUCUGUCAAGGACGUGAGAAAAUUCAGGUCAACCGAUGAGCUCCGCGAGGAAAAGCAGAAGGAAUGUACAAAACCAAAAAGGUUUAGUCUCUACUACACACCACAACUUGCAAGAAAAACUUAUGAACCAGAUACAAAACUGUCUAAAACGCAAUACAAGACGUCUCAUAAAGAAAAUCCAAGAAGCGGAUGUAGCCGACUAGAAACAGCUAAAAGAAAAGAGGAUAAUCCGACUACGGAUAAACGUGAUCAUGCAAAGAAUCGUAAAUCUGUCCUGGACGGUUCCACAGCGGCCAGUAGAAAUAGAACCAAUAAAGGUAACGUGCACAUACGCACAGGUAUACCGAACGCAAACAUAGCGCCGACUAGGACGAAGUGAUUUUAAGAAUCUUUUAAUAAUAAAUAAGAAAUAAGUCGCGAGUCUGGUACCAGCGACUGGGAUGAUACGUCACAAAAUCAUAUUAAGUUAUUAACGAAACAACUAGUAAGUUGCUGGAAUUUAUGUGUUUUCAUUGUCGCGUGGUGGCCAUAAUAUACGAUGCACAGUGAUUCCAAGACUAAGACGAUUGUGGAGAAAAGAUAAAACAAACAAAGGAUAUAUGUAAGAUAAUUAAGUAAAAACGUCUGAUCGAUCCUGAUGACGGUUCUCUACAUUUGGGAACGUGGAAGAUCUGUGGUAAAAACAAAGAGACAAAAAAAACAAUACUGUUUAGUUCCCAAAUUCUCGUGGUCCAGGACACGGGACAAAAUGGACGGGACACGAAAUGUCGUAAGAACGAAACAUGCCAAAUGCAUUUAAGUAGAUUUAUUUUGUAUCCGUUAGCUGUAAAAUGAAAGAAGACGAACAAAAAGUAGUUGAUUAGAGUGAAACUAGAUAAACGCUAAUAAGUAAGACUAUGGUAGAAGUCGAAAGGCCAGAAUGGGGCGCAAGUGUUUAUUACAGAGCGGAGCUUCGUAAUGGCGGAAGUGAAAUUUCAGAGGACUACAAUUAAAUCGAAACUUAAUAUAAAAAUUAAUAAAUAGCGGCGAUAGUUUAGAACAGCGGUAUGGAUUCCAAGUCUCUGAAGGAAAUUUUUCCAAAAUGUGUAAUAAGGAAUCCUAACGUGCCAGUGCCGAGUGACGGAAUAAUAAUAAUAAAAAAUGAUAGCAAUGACUAGAAUUCAAGAAAUAAAAACAAUUACGUACGUGAAAUAGUGUACGAUAGGUACUGAUUGCUCAAUGAAUAAAUCACAGGCGAUAGAUGAAUGAAUAUUUUUGUAAAAUGUUGCGCGCGCAUUCUUUCUUCGUAAAUACGCGCGUCGUUCUACGGGCAAUAAUUAUGAGCGUUAGAAAAUAUUAAAGACAAAUCACGAAUCGCUUCGUAAUUAAAAGCGAACUGUGAAUGAGCCUUAACGAAUGAAUUCCUGACGUCCCUUGUCAAGAUCUGACUUAUACAAGUAGGCAUAUCGUAAAUUUAUUUUUUAGAAAAAGCUUUUCGCAAAAUCAGUACACUCACGUUACGUAUCUAUUCCGUCACUCGGUAUAUCAAAUAAUGUAGAAUUUAGUGCACGUUUCUAUUACAUUCAUACUAUACUUACUAUCACCGCCAUAUUGUAUAUCGCCCAGCGAAAAUUCUUUCCGAAGCCAAUGACGAUAAAUAUUUUCAUAAUUUUUUUUUACUUUUUUUUUUCUUUUUCCCUAGUAUUCUCGUCAUUAGAAAUACACAAAAAAUGAUCGAUUGAGAUUCGCGUGACGUUCACUAUUACGCUCUUUAACGUUUUUCAUCCUUUUUUUUUUAUUGCCUCACUGCUGACUAUAUAAUUAAUAAUCAUGAGUGAACAUUGCUUGAUUGACUUAGAGACUCUGCCUUAUUCUUCAAGGUCAGGACAGAUUUACUGCAAAGAACAAGACAUAUGGUUUAUUAUACUUUUUAUAACAUUUUAAGGCACUUAUGGUAAUUCGCGCGCAGGAGCACUUAUAUUAUAUAUACAGAUACAUAAAUAUGUAUAUAUAUACACGUACAUGCAAUGCAAAAGAAAACAGCACGGCAUUACUUUAGAUGAUGUAGAUUUAAAAAUGAUUCACGCCAAAUAUUAAGAUUCAUCAAUUAUCUAUUUAUAUUAUAUUAUAUUAUAUAUAUAUAUACAUAUAUUUACAUAUAUACUUAAAUUCAUAAUAAUAUCCAAUACAAUGGUAACCAUUAUUCAUACUUCAUCAUAUCAAAAAAAUUAUCAUUUCCUUUCGAUGUCCCCUUCCCUCCCACUCUGUCAUCCCCACUGCCACUUCUUAUCACUUCGAGCUUUAUCCAUACCCUAAUAAGCUUUUAUCCCUUAGACCGUGCUUUAUGCAUCACCUAUAAACCUAUUCACGCAUAUUCCUAUGCAUAAGGGUGCAUAAAAUCUGCACCCUUGCAAGUGUGCACAAUCGCGUUAGAAGAACCAUUAAAAAUCAAUUGUACCCAUUUUAAUAUUGGCAGAACGCAAAUGAUUAAAAGACAAGUACAAUCAAUAAA